ACACAAACAAGGCAAACAAACAUUACAAUAUAUACAAACUAGCAAUAUAAACAUUACAAACGUAAUAUAUAAAAAUGACAAACAAGAAUGAUAAAGAUACAAAUCGAAUUGAUAUAAACAUUACAAACUGGACUUACAAACAUUAACCAACAAACAUCACAAAUGCGCUCUCUCUCUCUCUUUCUCUCUCUCUUUCUCGUGGGCCAAAAAAAACCUGUAGGGAAAAGGACCGUCGGGAGGAAUUUCUAGCGGGAGCGGCGAUCGUGGGUAGCUAGUGGGCCCACAUUUUUUGUUUUAUUUUGAUUGUUAAAUAAAUAAAUUGUGUAUUUACGAUCUUAUUCUUUAUUAUUUAAGAUUAAUUACAACUACUAGAUUAAAACUUAAAUAAAUGGCUAAUAUUGACUUUUAGUCAUGUGACUCAAGAACUCUUAGUGCCUGAUCUUAUUCCUUAUUUUCUUUUAUGAUAAUGACGAUAUAAUAUUAUUAACUUUAGAAGAAAAAGGAAAUGCAAAAAAAUACAUCAAAGCAUUCAGGUACAUGCCCUCGAGAAAGCAUGUAGCUUAGACUAAUCGGGACAAAAACAAGAAAGAAGCAUACAAAGUGAAAGUGGCGCCUCGGUGGGCAACGAGUUAACCUGGCCAAAUCGAGUUAACCUGGCCAAAUUGGCGGCCUAUUUUAGUAAGAACGUUUCGAUCACAUACUAGGAAUUUCUAGCCCAAAUUUGGGGGUGGGAGUUGUGGGAGUACAUGAUAAAUAUCUGGAACUGCCCACCCUCAUAGCCCAGUCUAAACUGGCUACAUUCCAUUUUGUCGAGGAGCGGUUGAUGGCACGCCUCCAAGGGUGGGCCCAACGGACAUUGUCCUUAGUGGUUAAGGAAACCUUGAUUAAACCAGUAGCCUCAACUUUACUGUUGCACGUUAUGACCUGCUUUAAACUCCCUCUCUCUCUUUGUCGAAUUUUGGAUAGGCUUGUGGCACGAUAUUGGUACGGAGUGGAGGAUGGGAAUUCCCGAAUAAGAUGGAUGUUCUCGCGUAAGAUGUGUCGUAGUAAGCAUGAGGGAGGCAUGGGGUUCCGCCUGUUUGAGCACUUCAAUCAGACUUAUUAGCCAAGAUUGGAUAAUGAAUACUUAAUGAAUCUCAGUCCGUUCUCGCUGAGAUGUAUAAAGGAAAAUAUUUUUCUACUGGCACUUUUCUCACUACUACUGCGCGAUCUCGUCCUUCAUGGGGUGGCAAAGCAUCCUUUACGUGCAUCAACUUUUGAUGCGGGGCCUUCGCUGACAGAUUGGGAAUGGCAGGACUGUGUCUGUAUUACAUGACAGUUGGAUCCCUACCGUGCAUCCUGACCCCCCACUUUAUAACCUGCAUGUGCUUCGAGAAGGGGGCGACCUUAAGGUGGCCAUUUUGUUGUGCCCGGUUUAGGGACGCUGGUCUAAUGAUAAACUCGCCCAGUGGUUCCACCCAGGCACUUGUCGUGCUAUUAAAGAUGUCCUCUACCCCGCCAAGAUAUGGAGGACAAGCAGGUCUGACAUGCCACGUGUGAUGGGGUUUUCACUGUGAAGUUGGCGUAUCACCUGGCGGUGUUGAUGGAUAUGCAACAUGGUAGGUGGAGUCUGACAGUUAGCUGGAUGGAUCGACAAAGCUGGAUCCGACUAUGGGGUUCCUCGAUUCCACCUAAACUAAAGAUCUUUUUGUGGCAAAUCUUGCACCGCUUCCUCCCAACAAUGGAAUCCCUUAUUGAGAAGGAUGUUCAAGUGCACCCUAGGUGUCCGGUUUGUUGGGAAGAAUCCGAAAUUGUGGACCAUCUCUUCCUGGAUUGUCCUGGGGCGAGAGCUUUGUGGGAUUAUGUUGGGAUGGAGCAUCUUGGCCAAUGGCUCCCUCGUCAUACUUUUCCACUUUUUCUUAAAAAAUGGUUGGCUAUCAUUCAGAGUCCUCAUCAAGUCAUGGCGUUUGUGGUUGUGUUUGAAGGCAAACAGUUUCAGAUCCCAACUCUGAUGAGGCAGCACUAUCAGCUGUUGAAUGAGUGGACUAAUAUUCCUAAGGACAGUGUGGUGAGCACACUUGGGAUUGGGGCUAAUAGUGCGCAUCCUGCUAGCCUGAUUCUAUAGUCUGUAGGUGGGAUGGGUUGAUGAGACGUGGGUCCCAUUCGGCUGGGAAUGAUACUCCUGGACUAGGGUGGGGAGGUCAUCUUCAUUGCGGGCGUUCAUUUCCCGGGGUUGGAUGACCCCAUGAUCGUGGAGCUCUUGGUCCUUCGGGAAGCAAUUUUGUGGUGCCUCCAAAGGGUUUUUUUGUGUGUGGUAAGAUUUGAAGGGGAUGCUAAGGUGGUUAUUGAUAGGCUCAAUCAAGCUCGCAGAGCGGGUGCCAUUUUCCAUGAGGUUCUAAGUUAUUUGGCGGACCAUGUGGGGUUUAGUUUUCCAUUCGUAGGUCGGUGUAAUAAUUGGGUAGCCCACUUGGUGGCUUGCAAGACCCUUUCUUUGUAUCCGAUAGCGUGUCAUUCGUUUGAUUUUGUGGUCUGGUUGAGGCAGAUGAUGUAAUGAUCUAUUUUUUCAAAUCAAUAUAUGAUUAUCUUUUGUCCAAAAAAAAAGUGAAAGCAAAACCACAUUACAACACUAGUAAUGUCAUCUUCUGAACACUUUCUGCUAAAAGAUACGAAGAGUAAGACAAGACGAGUUCCUUCUCUGCAGUGGUGGAAAAAAUUAAAGAGGAAGGGGGAAGCUCCCCAAUCCACACCCUAGACAAAAUGCAGUAGCCUUCUUAUUGGAUCAGAUCCUUCUCUGCCAACAAACGAACAUCCACAGCAGCCGUAUAUUAGAAGUUGUUACUACUUCCCUACCCUCAAAAGGCUCUCAGCCCUCCAUCCUUCCUCUUCACUCUCAACCCCUUGUCAAAACAAAAUCACUAAUAAUGCUUGCUACUUCCAUAAAUGCGUCUUCUUAUG